AUGGAAUCCGACGCCAGCAGGGCCAUAAAUUACGUCGUAAAGGCCACAGAAAAUGUCUUAAGAGCUGCCGGUGCCGUCUUAUCAGUCACUAGAGUUGUUCUCACUUCUUCAGUCAUAUUAGCUGCUACUCCACUGCUUGGUGUAGGAGGCAUCGUGAUUACUCAAGAUACCUGGAAUGACCUCGCCGCCAAAACAGCAUGGGACGAGAACACGCCCGAAGAUAGGAGAAGGUUCAUGAUCUGCGCAGCAUCAAAAGUUGAAGAUAUACUCACAGGUUGGAAAUAG